UGUAACAUAGGAGAAAAACCUAUUUUUCCCACCAGCAUAUGUUUGUCCUGCUGAAAGCACAGCUCUAGGUUUGUUAAAAUGAAUGUAUUUAAAAAGCGGAUCUAAAUUAGGCUUUGUUGAUACCUUUAUCAGACAGCUUUUCCCAGGCUGUUAAAGUAAAAUGCCAGAUAUAAAAAAAAAAAAAAAAACAUUUCAGAAAACAACAUACACCUGAGCACUGAAAAGCCACAUGACAAAACGAGUUGGUCACACCAUCAAGGCAUGCUGCUGUAGCUUUUUUUUUGUGGUAGACUGAAUUAUGGAAUUGCAAUCUAAUUAGCAAUUUAAAUGGAUAUAUCACAAUCUGAACCUUUUUAUGUGACUAAACAGUUGCAACAGAGAAAAAUAACCCUGCACAAUUUUUUUGUUUUCUAGUCACUUAGUUUUUGUCACACAUUUACUAAGGAGUUAAACACCAUGGACAAGUUUUACUCCCCUUUGUACUUUAUCACCUGUGUGUUUGAGAACAUGAAAUUGCAGUGCCAAAGUCCAGCUCAAGUUGGAACCUAGAAGGACUAGCACGUGUUCUGCUCUCUGGCAAAGGAGAAAUACUGAAAAUAAAAAUUCACUGGAUGCCAGGAAAGAAUGAAAAUGCAUGGGCCCUGGGUCUGGAUCCCUCUCUGCUUGCUCUGUCAAACUCUGGUUUAUGGUGGGAAAGUUCUUGUUUUUCCAGUAGACGGGAGCCACUGGGUGAACAUGAAAGUCAUUGUUGAGGGACUACAUUCAAGGGGCCACCAGGUUUCUGUUGUGCGGUCAUCAGACAGCUGGUAUAUCAAGGAAACCUCACCAUUUUAUACUUCAAUUACACUCGAUAUAGAGUCCGGAUUUGGCGAAAACUUUAUUACUACGUUUGUGGCCCAGUUGCUGGAAACCCAGAGGGAAGGGAAGUCUGCCUGGACACGUUUUAAACUGGAAAUGGAACAAGCACAAAAGGCCUCUGAGCUGCAUGAGAACACAUGCAAAAUGCUUGAGAUGCUUUUUGAAAACAAAGAGGUGAUACAAUCGCUACACAAGGCCAAAUAUGACCUUGUCCUUACAGACCCUGCUAUACCAGGGGGUGUUAUACUUGGCCACUACCUCAGGUUGCCUCUUGUUUUCAAUGUCAGAUGGACUAGUCAAGGUGAAGGCCAUUUGUCAAUAGCGCCUUCUCCUCUUUCUUAUGUUCCAAUGACAGGGACAGAGCUUUCAGAUAAAAUGAGCUUUCUUCAGAGACUUCUUAACGUGAUCAUUUUUGGCUUCACGGAAUACCAAAUUUCACAGUAUGUCUUACCAAAUUAUGUUGGCUUAAUUGAAAAAUAUUUAGGUCCAGACACAGACUACUUAUCCCUGUUUCAAGCAGCAGACUUGUGGCUCAUGAGAGUGGACUUUGUGUUUGAGUUCCCUCGUCCCACAAUGCCCAAUAUCGUCUAUAUGGGAGGGUUCCAGUGUAAACCUGCAAAACCUCUGCCUCAACACCUGGAGGAGUUUGUGCAGAGUUCUGGAGAGCACGGAGUCAUCAUCAUGUCUCUGGGCACUUUGAUUGGAGAGCUUCCCCAUGACCUAGCUGAUGAGAUCGCUGCAGCUUUUGCCAAAUUACCUCAGAAAGUCAUCUGGAGAUAUAAAGGUGACAGACCAGCCACUCUGGGCAACAACACUUUGUUAGUAGACUGGAUGCCACAGAGUGACCUUUUAGGACACCCCAAGACAAAACUAUUUGUGGCUCACGGAGGAACAAAUGGCGUCCAGGAGGCAAUCUACCAUGGAGUUCCUAUCCUAGGACUUCCAUUGAUUUUUGAUCAGCGUGAUAAUCUAUUUAGAAUUGAAGUAAGAGGAGCAGGGAAAAUUAUUGAUAUCUUUACUAUGAAUGAAGACACCUUCUUUCAGGGUAUUCAGGAAGUCCUAAAUGAGCCCUCUUACAAGAUGAACAUGCAGAGACUCUCCAGGCUGCACAGAGAUCAGCCGAUGAAGCCACUGGAUACCGCCCUCUUCUGGAUAGAGUUUGUUAUGAGACACAAAGGUGCAGCUCACCUGAGAACAGAGUCCUACAGGCUGCCCUGGUAUUACUACCACUCUGUUGAUGUGAUGCUCCUCUUAGUUGGAGUUGUGCUGAUUAUUCUGGGGACCUUCGCUGCCUUAAUAAGGUGUUUAUGCUCGGUGUGUCUGAGUACACAGAGCAAAUGUGAUUUUAAAAAAUCUAAGCGGCAAACAAAAUGAAAUCUGAACAACAAAAAUACUUAGAAUAUCCUAUAAUUUGAAUAUGUAAAACAUGAAUGAAUGUGGGCUUAACGAUUUGUACUGUGAUGUGAUGGGAAUAACAUAAAAUCAUUUGACACGAGUUGCAAAGACUUAAAAGACAACACAUCUCAAUCAUUCAGUACUUUGUAAUUCUUUAUUUUAUAAACAAGGAAGAACAUGUGUUUACGGCUGAUUAUACUUGUUUCACUCUAGUUUUACAAAUCUGGUACUCUGGAUAAACAGUCAUGUCAUACCUCUGACAUACAUUACGUAGUGAAUAUGUGACCCCUUGACUCAUCUGUAACCUCAGAUAGUCCACGCAGAUGGAACCUUUAGGAGAAAGGGUUAACAAAAUGUACAGUAAUAUUUCCACUUUAGAGGGAGCAAAAUAAAAUAAAUGAGGAUACUAUUCAUGGGUUUGUCUUCUUUAAUUAAAACAUUGGAAAUUAUA